CAACGAUCAUGGCCGAAUGUCGCCUGCGAGUUCUCAGCUGAUUAUUAUACCUUCAUCUUCCCUUGGGUGGCUCGUACCAUCCAGUUUGACCCUGGACAUAAUCACUGAGCACCGGUUGCCUUCGUGAGAGGAAGCGUGACCGAUCGCCUCUGGCUUAAUUACUGAUAGACCAUGUCCGAUACACUCUCUGACGCGGACAAGAUCCGCAACAAGCGUCUUGCGAAGCUCGCCUCACAGGCGCCGCCGUCGCAGUCUUCGUCGCAAGCUGCUGGAGCUUCAGAGCAGUCCUCCACAACGCCGUCAGAGGCGCCCUCAACACCGCAAGAGCCGCAAGCCCCACGGCCCCAGAUAAAUGUUCACAGUGCGCCCCCGUCACUGUCGCCAUCGCCGCGACCCGAUAUCCAGCAGUCAGAUGGCAAGCGCAUCAAGAUAACACCUGCUCCUGGGAUUUCGACGGUACCUGAGCGGCCGCAGUCGACUUCGAUCCCUCCCAAGCGGCAAACACCGAAACCCGAAGAGUCUCUGGAGGCGUUUGAGGACCGUACGCUGAGCGCGAUCUUCAAGCUAUCACUGAAGGAGGACCGGCAGCAGGACAUUCAUGGCCAGAAGCUCAUCUACUUGCCCGGGUUACGGGCGGAGCUAGAGGAACAGGGACGAGACCUGCGGAUAGAUGUGUCCGUUCUGGACCAGGCUCUCCUCGAAGCAGCCUCAAACCUCGACAGGCAAAAGCCCUUGGAUUAUCUGCUACCAUGCUGGAAGAGGGUGUCGAGGCUCUACAAGGGUUUUAAGAAGUCGCGUGAUGAUGAUCCCAAAUUUGACGUCAUUCGGGAGGCCAGGCGCCUUUGCAUGAGUUAUUGUAUCUUUGCGAUUACCAUGCCGGAGAUGUUUGGACUUGAUCCCCCUGACCAGUCGCCGCUCAAGCCCUACCUUCUCUUGGAUCCAGAGGAGGACCGAGGUAUUGACAUGGAUUUCCUCGUGGAGGCUGUACGCCGGUUCCCUGAAGAUGAGAGCAUCAAACCAGCUUUCAUAUCCGCCGUGGAGGCGCUGAGCCAGGAUCUUGCUGAGAAAAACAUCAACGAUGACUACAAGCCUUAUGUCAUGGCUCUACGGAAUCUUGUCCGACAUGCUGCUAUCGCAUCUGCUAUUACAGAGUCUUCUAUCUUUAAUGCAACCCAGGAUCCCCCCACGUUUGAGACGAAAACAUUGUUGGGACCGUGGUUUCGGCUAUCCCCUCUUCAUGGUAGUGUCACGACUUCAUAUUUUUCUUCCCCGAAGACUAGGGACCAGGGCUAUAUUCUGACAGCUCAGAGGUCGCUGCGCAUGACGCAGCAGAUGCUUAAUUCUGACCUACUAGAUGUUAUAAAUCAUCUAAUCCGGGCGUCGAAAGAUGCCAGAGAGAAAGUUUUGGAUUGGUUUGCGACUGCGGUGAACAUCAACCACAAGCGACGAGCAAUGCAGGUUGAUCCGAAGACGGUUUCGUCGGACGGAUUUAUGUUCAACAUUACGACAUGCCUUGACCACCUCUGCGAGCCUUUCAUGGAUGCUGGAUUCACUAAGAUUGACAGGAUCGAUGCGGCCUAUCUUCACCGGAAACCCCGCGUCAACAUGCGGGACGAGACCAAGAUUAAUGCUGACCAGCAUGCCUCAGACGAAUUCUAUUCUAAGACCGUUGAAGGAACCAACAACUUUAUCACUGAGAUCUUUUUCUUGACCGUUGCUGCUCAUCACUAUGGCAGCGAGUCGCUUACGUCUAAGUUGGAUCAGCUUGAGAAGGACCUCCGGCAGAUGGAGGCCACUAUUGCAAAGUUCGAGUUGGAGAGACACAAAUGGAUACACAACCCGAUGCAACUACGUACAUUCGAAGAAGCUCUCAAGAAGUACAAGGACAAGUUCGAUCUUGGUCUUUCGUUCAAGUACAGCUUGCAGGGUGUCCUAUUUGAUGAUCAGUGGCAAGCCCGCUCCAUGCUGUUUAUGCGGUAUGUGGCAGUAUGGUUGCUACGAGUGGCGUCAGGCGUCGACUUUCCGAAGCAGCAGAUCAAGCUACCGCUGCCGGAGCAGCAGCCGGACGUCUGGAAGUGCCUUCCGGAGUACUUCCUGGAUGACAUUGUUAGCAACUUCAAGUUUAUCAUGUGGGCCAUGCCCCAGAUCAUUACAUCUACUGAGGGAGAUGAGCUGGUUAUGCUCUGCAUCACGUUCCUUGAGAGUUCUGAAUACGUCAAGAAUCCCUAUCUGAAAGCCGGACUGGUGUCCAUCCUGUUCCGGGGAACAUGGCCGCGGCCCGGGGGUGCUAGGGGUGUCCUUGUGGACCUCCUCAAUUCCAUGCCUUUUGCUAACGAGUACCUUUUGCAUGCUCUCAUGAAGUUCUAUAUAGAGGCCGAGUUUACUGGCACGCACACGCAGUUCUUUGACAAGUUCAACAUCCGGUACGAGAUUUUCCAGAUCAUCGAAUGUAUCUGGCCUAAUACGCUUUACCGGACGAAGCUGUCGAACCAAGCGCAGCAGAACCUCGACUUCUUCGUGCGCUUCGUCAACCUGCUUCUCAAUGACGUUACAUUCGUGCUCGAUGAAUCGUUUGGUGCCUUCAUGACCAUUCAUGACACGCAAGUUCUACUCAACCAGGCGGGAAGCACGAUGGAUCCAGCUCAGCGUCAGCAGAAAGAGGAGCAGCUUGCGGCAGCGCAGCGGAACGCAAAAUCGUAUAUGCAGCUGACGAACAUGACUGUUGCGAUGCUUAAGCUUUUUACAGAAGCGUUGGCUGACUCCUUCACGAUGCGGGAAAUCGUGCAGCGUCUGGCCGAUAUGCUCGACUACAACUUGGACGCCAUGGUGGGCCCUAAGAGCUCCAACCUCCGUGUCGACAAUCUGCAGGAAUAUGGCUUUAGCCCCCGAACACUUCUCAGUGAGAUCGUUGACGUGUAUCUCAAUUUGAUGGACAAGGAGAAUUUCAUUUACGCUGUUGCGCGUGAUGGACGCUCGUACAAGCCUGAGAACUUUGAGAAAGCGGCCGAGAUCCUCCGCAAAUGGAGUUUGAAGUCACCCGAGGAGCUGAAGAAGUGGGAAAUACUGCAGAAGAGAGUCCAGGCAGCUAAGAAGGAGGAUGAGCAGGCAGAGGAGGACCUGGGAGAAGUCCCAGACGAGUUCUUGGACCCUCUCAUCUAUACGCUGAUGGAAGACCCCGUCAUCCUCCCCGGCUCCAGAGUGACUAUUGACCGAGCAACGAUCCGUUCCCACUUGCUAAGCGAUCCUCAUGAUCCGUUCAACCGUAUGCCUCUGAAGAUCGAGGAUGUCACGCCAGACACCGAGCUUAAGGCUAAGAUUGAGGCCUUCAAGGCGGAGCGCAAGGGAGCGAAGCAUCGUCAAACGGCACAGGGAGCCGAAACCAUGGACACUUCGUCCGGUUGAGACAGUGACGCACUGCGCGUGGAUUGCGUUGGGUAGGGGUUUUGGGGAUUGCAUAUAGUUCGGUGUCGAUAUCGUGUUUCUAUUUGUAACUGACCACUGUUAUCAAGACUUGCUACAUUGAGACACAGUCUAUAUUGAAAGAAGCGCCUCGGUUCCGGGUCUGACGAGAGGCCGGCCGUGUCGGGGUGUCAUAUCACGAGGAAACUUAACAUGACCUACAUGAGCUAGACUUUGAAGAUAGUCGCUAUGAUGAGAACAUAUGAAAUUGGCUAGACUGUAGAAUUCGCA